UUUUAGCUUAUGAAAGCUGUUACUUGGAUAGGAAGAAAGAGAGAUGGAGUGGAGACCGAUAAACUUGACGGAGCCGGAGGCCAUGGACGUGUUGAGGCAAGUCAAAUUAAUUGGGGUGAAGAUCGAUCUAGACGAAGUUUCUCGCGCAAGGGCCAUCGAGGCCGUCGAUUCGUUCCUCAAACAAUACGAGGAAUGUUUUUGGUCAAUAGUGAUCGCCGAGAUCAGCACAGCGAUCAGAGAAGAGCUCCUAAAAUCUAGGAAUGUGAUCGACGUCGAGUUGGUUAGACAAGUUGUUGAGUAUCUUUCAAACGGCGGCGUGGAGAAGAAGGAGGAGGAAAGUUUGGAGGAGAAGAAGAAGGAGGAAUCGGAUCAGGAGUUGGAAGAGGAAACGGAUGAGGAUUCCGAUGAUGAUGAUGUGGAGGCGGUGGCGGUGGCUGAGGGGAAAACGGAGGUGGGGAUGGCUUAUGAGGAGGAGGAGAUUGAUGAUUUUAAUGAUCCAACAACGAGAGAAGAAUGCAUGGAGGAUCUGUUGCUUGUGUGCAGUCGGAUGGGAUUGAGUAUGAAACAAGGCGAUGAGGGGGAGAUCCUGGAUAUGAUGAUUCCCUACAUUCUUGGAUGCCCUAUGUAUCGCAACGGAAUCACAAUUUUCAUGGCAAGGGUGAGAGAGCAUAUUGAUAGGUGUAGCACCCUCAAUGAUUUGGAGACGGUGAAGAACGCCCUCAAGAGUAGAAUUUUUCUAGAGGAAUAUGAGGACUGGAAAAAAGAGCAGACCAUCACCAGUACUAGGGAAAAGGAGGAUAAGGUUGAUGUUAAGGACCAAGUUCUGAAACAGGAGGAGGAGGAUAAGGCUGAUGCUAAGGACCAGGUUCAUCAACUGUUAAAGAAUAAUAUCCUACCGAUUAAAGAAGAAGGGAUUGCCACCCACAUGAACCAGAUAAAACAAGAAGAGAAAAGGGAAUGUGGAGAUUUGAUAGAAAUUGAAGAAUGCGAGACUUUAACCCCCUUGAACCUGCCAGAACAAGCAAAAGAAAGUAAGGGCAAUGCUUAUUCCUGCAUCAAAGAAAGUUUGGAAAGGGGUGAAGCUAAUAAGAGAAAGCUUGCCUAGAUCUAGCCCCAGUAUUUUGUUUAGUAUGUUCAAGAUUGGGAGUUUAAUUAGUAUGUAAUAGUUUGGAAAAAACCGAACUCCUAUUGCAAAGAAAGAAAGAAAUGCUGUUUUUUGUUUUGUUUCUCGAUUACAUGAGAAUUUUGCGUUACCUUAACUCCAUAACCUCCCUUGUACGUAGUUGUAGG